AUGCAAGCCUACCGAGAUGAGGAUCGUCAUCACGUGCGGAUAUACAUCUCCGCCACGCCGAGGCUUGGAGCGCACUCUGUCCAGUCAGUCCUCUACCACAGUGACAUACACGCCACAAUUCAGUGCCGCGAGGUAAACGCAAGUCCAAGGCGUCGAUCGGGAACCUUCGACCCAGAGGAUGUCAAGCGGGUCAAACAUACACGCAUAGGCAAACAACCGAUACUAGGAUGGAAUAUUCCCGGACACAUUUCACAAAUCAGGAACUGCUGGAUCCUUGUACUACUAUACGUUUUCGUUGAACUCGCCAACACUGACCUCCUCCGUAGGUACUCUGGCCAACUAUUAACAAUUGACUUUCUUGUGCGCAUCUCCGUCGGUCGCAUGGGCUGCGCCGUGCUCGGCCGUCUACUUGGCCACGUCAAGAACACCUUACAACACUACACAGUCCAUCUGUUCCACGCGCGUGCUCGCUUGGAUCUCCAACCGCCAGCUCGAGGAAGCAAGUCAGGCGUCUCGAGGGGGCGUCGCAUGGGACACUUUUCUAUGACGACAUCCGCCGUGUCUACUGCGCUGCAUAUCAUGUCUGAGGUGUCGAUGCUAGCGGCGAUCCUGAAGGAUCAGCCAGAUGGCAUGUUGCUGGCAACGAUCAGCUUGUCGCAGAGUCUCCUCGAUUGGUUCCGAAGAGUAACUCAAUUGACAGGGGUCAAGGCGAUGCAGGGGCUCAAACGCGUCGUGUCGUUCCCUGUCCACCAAUACUGUACAUCUGAAUUUAGAGAAGCCGCUCAGCGUACUUCCUUUGCUUCCCUUCUGAAGGAGCCAUGGAAGGAGCUUCCGCAGAUUGUUUUCACUCUCCGCGCAGUGCAAUACCCAGCGUCUAUUCCGGUCUCCCUUGCAUCCCUCAACCUCAUUCAGCACACCGCGUCCAGCUUCGGGUGGACUGUGUACCGAUUCUUCGAUCAGUUCGGGUCCAUUGCAGACCAGCUUGCUACUGUGCGCAAGAUGUAUGACAUCGUCAAUAUCCCGAACCGGGUACCUGACGGGACCGUGCCGUUCCCCGAAGACGCACAAAAAGCGAAAUCAGGCAUCACUGUAGAGUUCAGGAACGUAUCGUUCCGCUACCCUGAUCUGACGACUGGGCUUGCGAGAUGUCUCGUCAUCGUCGGUGCUAACGGAUCGGGCAAAAGCACCGUGCUGAAGCUCAUCAUGCGCCUCUACGAUGUCGAGGAGGGCGAGAUCCUGAUUGACGGCAGAAUAUCCAUCCGCGACAACAUCGCUUUAGGCAACCCAACUCAUGCUACGAACGACGAUCAAGUUCGAUUGGCAGCAAAGCUCGGUGGCGCAGAAGAGUUCAUCGAGCGCCUUCCCGAGGGUUUCGACACAUACCUCGAGAGACCAGUGACCGACUACUACUCCGGACUCCCAGAAGGCACGAAUUCCUUGUUCGGAAGGCCAGUGGAAUAUGCGGGCAUCCGGGGCAUCGCAGGGCUCCAGUCAAACUCGGGGCAUACCCUGAGCGGAGGGCAGAUGCAGAGGCUGGCAGUGGCCCGGACGUUCAUGCGCUCGAUAGUUGCCGAGGACAGCGCUGUAGGACUUCUUUUGUUUGAUGAGCCCAGUGCGUCGCUAGACCCAACGGCCGAACAUGACCUCUUCACUCGUCUCAGACAACUGCGAGGUGACAAGACCAUGUUGUUCUCUUCGCAUCGCUUUGGAAACCUGACGAGACAUGCGGAUCUGAUUUUAUACAUGAAUGACUCCGCCAUUGAAGAGACAGGGACACAUGCCGAACUGCUUGCUCGAGAUGGUAGUUACGCGAGGAUAUGGAAGCUGCAGGCACAAGCUUUCAUUUAAUCCAGAACCCCGUCGACAACGAAUGUAUGUUGCAUAGGGAUGAUCAAUAUCUCACCAGUUCAAUUUC